UAUUCACCGGGCAAAAUGUGAGGAAACUGCAAAGUUUCUAAGUAACACACACUCACUGCACAUUAAAUGGAAUACCUGCAAGAAGCGGUACUGCUAGGCAUCGAUCUCUUAGUGCUGGUGGUGUGUACCAAUCAAUACUAUAAGCUUAGGAAAAAUUGUCGUGCGCUGAAGGAUGCACCCCAACUUCCAAUCGACGACCAGCUGUCCGAUCGGCUUCGCAACGAACCAGAACGGAAGCUCGAAUAUGCUGUUAUACGGGGCAGUGUCACACCGAUCGGGACUGCACUGCGGAGUGCCAUGUCCCCUUCGGUUACCGGAGUGCUGCAGACGAUGACCUUAACCGAGCAUCGUGUGGCACGCGCAAUGUUUGGCUUUUGGCAGGAGGAAAAACAAAUCAUUCACGUGUCGGCAAACGAAACACCGUUCAAGCUUGUCAAUGGCAAACACGGGGUAGAAAUCAUCAGCGGUCUCUCGGCGGAACUCUUAGAUAUGGACACGGUGUACGAAAACUAUGAACCAUCUUCCCUGACCGUGUUCGACCAUCUGUUCGGACUGUUUUCGGGUGUACGGCAAAAAGGCCUGCAAACGACGGAAGAGAUGCUGCGCGACGGUAGCUUCAUCACGGCCGUCGGUGAGCUCGAGCUGGACGAUACCGGCGUCCGGCUACAUCCACCGUCAAACGGUUCGCCCAUGUUUCUUACCACCGCCACCAAAAGCACACUCUUAAAGCGUCUCGAGGAGGCCAAGUCUUCCACGCUGCUGAAGGUAAUCCUGACCGGUACGAUAUCGGCCGUACUGAUCGGACUAAUUACGAGAAAGAUUUACAAGCGCAAAAAGCAAGAAUGGGAAGAGGAUAAACUGCGCAAACAGUUGGAACAAUCCCGUGCAACGCGCCGGGCCCGAAUGCGUUCGGCCGUGAUAAGCGAGGAUCAGCUGUGUGUCGUGUGUAUCGUGAACCCGAAGGAAGUGAUCUGUCUGCCGUGUGGUCACGUGUGCUUGUGUGAAAAUUGUGCACAGAAAAUCAGCCUACACUGUCCGGUGUGCCGUGCGGUCAUUGAACAAAAGGCAGCGGCUUUUAUUUCGUAAAUGU